AUGGCUAGGCAUUCUCAGGAGGAUGGCUUACAAUGCCUUGCCAACAAGAAAUGGAAGGUGUCAAAAAAACGAUUCUCCUGGUGUUGCAGAUACAAGCUGAGAAUCAUUCAGCGGACGGAAAUCGAGAAGGCUCUGCUGAAGGCUAAGAGGGAUGAGCAUCAGAAGACAUACUUCCAAGCACUCCAGGAGGCACGUGAUGAGAUAUCGAAGCAGGCAGAGCGCCUUCGGGACGUGUUUGGCUCUCACACAACAGAAUACUACUACAAGGAGAUUAUGCAGGCCACCCGUCUCAUGUGGAAGAAGAGGAAAGCCAACCGUUGGAACGUAUACUUGCGCAAGGAGGUUCAGCGCAAAAAUGAAGGCAAGUUGAAUCAAAGAUACUCACCUGUGUGA